UCAUUUUACGUUGUUGCAGCAAUAGGAAUGAUAACUGGGUUUCGAAGGACUCGUAAACCUGGCACACUUGUACCUUUGCUUCCUCUAUCUUUCAUUCUGGCAUACCAAGCUGACCUAGCAUAUGGAUCGAAGCUCAACCGGAUCAAAAUGGAGGCUGAGAACAUCCUUAUGUUUGAGCGCGACCUAGUGUCAGUGCCUAUGGGAGUCCCUACCCCAUCCACCAUCGAUGAGGCUCGUGAGCGUCAGGAGGAAAAUAAGCGACUUAACAAGGCUCUUCAUCAGCAUCGUAGUGGGUAUUACUAGCCCACUCCUCCCACACCGCUACUCUUCUUACUUUCCUUUGUACAUUCGUCAGUUCCAAGAUAUUUGGAAAGAUUAGAAAUGGGAGACUUUCAGUAAAGAGAUUCGGGAUGUAGACGACUGCUUGGUUGCUUAUGAACAUGUAGUACGUAAGACUUCCUUUUGUUUCCUUAUUUAAAUUGUUGUGUUUGAGAAAUUAUUUUAUUGAUUAUUGUUUGUACAUUUUAAUUGCUUUUGAUAGAUAUUCAUUUAUAAGAAAUUAUAUAUUACAAUACUCAUUCUUCACACAAUGAUCCUCAUUUGUUUAGAAUUUGGGUAAAUAUUUAAGAUUAUUUGUCAUUGUAGAUUCUUAUUUAAGUUUUCUGUCUUUCAUAAUCAUUGAAGCUUAAUUACCUUUGCUUAGGCUUCUGUGUAGUUUUAUUUCAAUCUCUAUGUGCUGUAAGUAGAGUUUGGUACAGAAUUUUAUUUUCUAGCUGAUACGUGUGUUUACAUAUACUGUAUAUAUACAUAUAUAUAUAUAUAUAU